GUCCCCUCAGAGACCCAGUGUGAGGAGAGGGGGAACAUGUCCGCCAUGCAGCUGCUGCGGGUGUCGGUGCAUGAGCGGAUCAGCGCUGCCGCUGAAGACUUCCUGCUGCAGGUGGAGAAAGGAGGAGGAAAGGAUCAAGUCCCGGAGCUGAGAGCGAUGCUCACUGAGCGGCUCGCGGCGGCGGGGGAACAGAUCCUCGCGGGGCUUGAGGAAAUCUUGUUAGAGUACGAGGAUCGAGUGGAGCGGUCCAAGCGGGAGAUCUGCCGCCGAGGGAGGCUGCUCGAUGCCGCGAUGCAGCCCGUAGUCCGGCUGCACAGAGCAGACGUCCAGCACCUGAUGGUGAAUAAAGAAGAAGUUCCCUCUGAUGAGCAGCAGUGGAGCCCCCUUGUGGACCAGGAGGACCUAGAGCCCCCCCACAUUAAAGAGGACCCAGAGCUCCCCCACAUUAAAGAGGAACAGGAGGAACCAUGGACCAAUCAGGGUGGACAGCAGCUUCAAGGACUUGAGGAGGCUGAUAUCAAGUUCACAUUGACUCCUGUCGCUGUGAAGUGUGAAGAAGAUGAAGAGAAACUUAAAUCGUCAAAGCUUCAUCCCAGUGAGACGAAGGAGAACAGAGCGGACUGUGGAGGACCAGGUCCUGAGGACAAGACUGAAGAUUCUUCUGAGACUGAAGUCAGUGAGGAUGAUUGGAGUGAGACCAGGGAAACUCAGACUGAUUUAAAUACAAGAAAUAACAAACAGCCUCUAAGUGAUAUGGGAUGUAAGACAGAAAAAAAACAGUUUAGUUGCUCUGAGUGUGGUAAAAGAUUUAACCAUAGGAGCCAUCUAAAUACUCAUAUAAGGAUUCAUACAGGAGAGAAACCGUUUAGCUGCUCUGAGUGUGGUAAAAGAUUUAGCCAUAAGUGCAGUUUAAAUACACACAUGAUGCGUCAUACAGGAGAAAAACCAUUUAGUUGCUCUGAGUGUGAUAAAAGAUUUAGCCGUAAGUGCAGUUUAAAUAAACAUAUGAUGAAUCAUACAGGAAAGAAACCGUUUAGUUGCCCUGAGUGUGGUAAAAGAUAUACCCAAAGGGGCAAUCUAAAUACACAUAUGAGGAUUCAUACAGGAGAGAAACCGUUUAGUUGCCCUGAGUGUAGUAAAGGAUUUAGCCAUAAGUGCGGUUUAAAUACACACAUGAUGCGUCAUACAGGAGAAAAACCAUUUAGUUGCUCUGAGUGUGAUAAAAGAUUUAGCCGUAAGUGCAGUUUAAAUAAACAUAUGAUGAAUCAUACAGGAAAGAAACCGUUUAGUUGCCCUGAGUGUGGUAAAAGAUAUACCCAAAGGGCCAAUCUAAAUACACAUAUGAGAAUUCAUACAGGAGAGAAACCGUUUAGUUGCUCUGAGUGUGGUAAAAGAUAUAGCUAUGGGAGCAGUCUAAGUACACAUAUGAUCAGUCAUACAGGAAAGAAACCGUUUAGUUGCCCUGAGUGUGGUAAACGAUUUAACCAAAGGGUCCAUCUAAAUAGACAUAUGAGAAGUCAUACAGGAGAGAAAUUGUUUAGUUGAUCAGAGUGUGGUAAAAGAUUUAAGAUCCGGUCCUACUGUAAAAGACAUGAGGAUUCAUUAAGGCAAGAAGUGAUUCAAAUGCAACCUUUGCAACACAAUAUUUAUUAGGAGCUAUGAGCAAAUAUUCAUAUUAUACAUAUUCAUAGUUCACAGUUUUAAAGGGGACAUAUUAUGAAAAUUCCCCUUUUCAAGUGCUUCUACACGUUAAUUUGGGUAUCUGGCAUUUCUACGUCCCAAAAACUCUGGAAAAAAACAACUCCUGUGAUUUUUUGUGGUUCCUCUAUGUCAGAAACGAGACAGGGUUACGACCGAAUGUACGUAAUUUUCCAACCAUGCCCAUGUAGGGAGCCUCGCUACAUGGCCUUGGACCAUUCCCCACCAUCAUCUCACCGGCUCUGGAGAGAGACGGCCCGGCUCCCCGGCUAGCUAGGGGAGACGCUGGAGCGCGUUAGCUUGCUGCUACCCGUCAGACAAUCUAAGUGGCCGCAUAAACAUGCCGAUCGUCGAGGCGGAGACCCCCGGGACACCUCUAAACGUUGACUCAGCAGUGUGGAAGGAGGAUGCUGCUGCGCCAGCUCCAGCUCCCACUGCGGUGCGGCGCUGGGGCUCUUGCAGCCAGGCUUCGGCCCACCUGACUCUGGUUCAAAACGAUGAGGUUGAAAGAUUGUCCUCUUCGUCUCCACUAGCCAUAUUUCUACAGAGGUAAUUGAUAGGUAAAAAUCUGGGUGCUUGUAUCUCAUGAAGGGGGGGGCACUCAAAACAGGUCAAUCUGAGGAGGGCUGUUUUAGACAGGGUAAAAUAGGGUGUUGUUUUAAAUUAUCCUUUCAUUAUCAUCCUUACAUUUCAUUAAGACCUCUAGGAACCAUAUUGACUGUUGUAAAAUGGGCAAGCGACGGGUCCUUUAAGUAGACUAUUAACAGUUUUUAUGUCCCUAGAAAAUAUUACUCAUUCAAAUUAGUGUUUAUAAAUCUUGUUUCUACUGAUUUGUACUUAAUUUAUCUAUUUUCAUAAAGUCCUUCAUAUCAUUUUAAAGUUUAAAUUGUGGUCCUUGCCCAGUAUGAAUCUGUGUUCUUAAUUAGUUAAUAUGAU